GACCGUCCUCGUGUUUUCCCUGUUGCUGUGAUAAGCGGGGAGGCGGCGCUUCCUCCGGGCUUUCCUAGGCGCCUCGUGUAGGGGCCGAGGAGCCGCGUGAGGGAAGUGUUGAUGUGCCUCGCCUCAUUGCCAGUCACGUCCCGCCGACACACGAGGAGGGUCAGGCUAACGAGAUGCAGGAGGCAGCCGAGGCGCCGCACCUGUGCCCUGCAGAGUUACGCUGAAGGGGAGCACAUGCACCCCAGACGUGUGUUAAGUGUAUAGUCGUCUUGACGCCCCGCCAGCACGCGGCGGUGAGGGACGGGAGGACGAAGCAGCGAGUGCAAGCUGCUAGAGGAGACGUGCGAGACAAACUGACACCAAUGUCCCUGAACGUGACGGAGGGUGUCUCGGCCGUGCGGGAGGCGGGCGGCGUGGACAAUAAGCUGCAUGUGUACAUGGCCUUCAGCCUGGUGACGGUGGCCGAGUGCCUGCUGGCGGGCUACCUCACCUUCACCAGCCACGAGCUGCAGCGGCGGAGGUCCACCGUGUUCUCAUGGCUCCUCAUACUCAGCAUCGGCACCUUCGCCUCCCUGUCGCUGGUGUACGUGCUGGUGCUGAUCACGGUGCCCGGCGCCUCCUACAAGUCCCCGUUCGGCUGCCGCGUCAGGGUGGUGCAGCGCUACCUCAGCGUCGUCUCCUGCUUCAGCCUCGCGUGCCUGUCCCUGGACCGCUACCUGGCCAUCUGUUGGCCACUCCGGUACCAUGAGCUGCUCAACAAGACCCGCUGCCAACUGCUGUGUCUCGCCUGUUGGCUGGUUCCUGCCGUGCUGCUCGUGCUGCCGUGCGUAGGCGUGCUGAGUACGAUGUGUGAGAAAGGCAAGACGGAGAAGCGGCUCCUGGUGGCCUACGUGGUGGCCUACACACUGGGCGCCAUGACCACGCUCGUCCUGUACCUGCUGGUGGCCCUCGAGUUCUGCAACACACCGGUCUCGCGGCGCGGCUCCCUGGGCGACGGUCCCGUAAACGGCGACGUCAUCCGCGAAGUGUCGAUCGUGCGGCACAGGACGGCCAAGUCAGCCCUCACCGUGCUCAUGUUGUACACGGUGUUGUCCCUGCCCCAUACACUUCUACCGGUGGUCUCUAGCAUGGGGCAGCACCGCGUUCCUUACCUGGCCCUGGAGAUCAGUUACCUGGUGCACCGUCUCCAUCUGUUCCUCUUCCUGCCCAUGUAUGCCGGGACCAACGUCUACUUCUGGGCCGCCCUUAGUGCCUGGGGAAAGGUGCUUUGGCGGAGGCUGACCUGCUGGUGCCACGCUGCUGAGGAGAGGGAGAUCACAAGAGUGGAGGCUCCUGGCAACCGAAGCGCUGAUGACUUACUAUAGUGAGAAAAGAAAAAACAUAUUAGUGUGAAAAAAAUAUGUAUAAUGAAAAAAAAAAUAGAAGUCGAACCAAAACGAAUCAAAAAAAGCAGUAUUAGAACAUGUAAGUGAUAAGUGAAACAGUAUUGUGGUAUUAUGUAGCAUAGAUGUAAAUAGUGAAACUUCGACGUGAAACUUGAAACUAUGACGUGUGAUUUCUGAAACUUGAAACGUGAUUGAUGUUUGAGAGGGCAUUUCUGAAACUGAGAGGUCAAUGGUGAAGCUGAAACUGUGACCUCAAUCCUGAAACUCUUAUAUGUGAUUUGAAAGUAACAAUCGCUGAAACUUUGGCGCCAUUCACGAAACUUGAUAAUUCUUGAAACUGACGUCAAUGCUGAAACUGAAACUGUGACCAAUCCUGAAACUCUCUUAUAUGUGAUUUGAAAGUAACAAUCGCUGAAACUUUGGCGCCAUUCCCGAAACUUGAUAAUUCUUGAAACUGACGUCAAUGCUGAAACUGAAACUGUGACCAAUCCUGAAACUCUCUUAUAUGUGAUUUGAAAGUAAUACAAUCCCUGAAACUUCGGCACCAUUCACGAAACCAGAUAAUUCUUGAAACUGACGUCAACGCUGAAACUGAAACUGUGACAUUACUCCUGAAACUCUCUUAUAUGGUAUCUGAAACUUAAUAUGAUUCCUGAAACUCUUGAAACGCCAUUCCCGAAACUUGUGAUAUUCCUGAAACUGGCGUCAUUCCCGAAAGGCAUCACGUCUAUUCUGAAUCUCUGUCGCCAUUCCAGAAACUUGUGUUAUGUGUGAAACUUCGAAGUGGUCCCUGAAACUAUGACGUCAUUCCUAGAGCUUGUCACGUGACCCGGUAACGAACGUGGAAGCGUAUUGUUGGUUUUUUUCUGAUUUUCGUUAUCGUCACUAAUUUAUUUACCGAGAGAGAGAGAGAGAGAGAGAGAGAGAGAGAGAGAGAGAGAGAGAGAGAGUUAA